CGAUGCCGUCGUCAUACAAUCAAGCUACGUCACACUAAGCGGUUUUUAACUUUAUAACCGUUAAUGAAAUGUUGGGUGAUUUUCUGAAAAUUCAGUAGAAAUGUCAAAUUAUUUCUCAACGGAUCUUUCAAGACACUUCUAGUCGCGGGAGAACACAAAAAGAUCCAAAAGACGGGCCCGUUACACCAAGUUGAUACACCCUACGAAGUGGCAACACUAGGUAUGGGAUGCUACUGGGGCAGCGAUUCUUUGUUUGGAGCCACGAAGGGUAUCCUAAGGACCCGUGUAGGUUAUGCUGGAGGGACUACUGGUGCUCCUCAAGGAAAAAAUAUAGGUGACAACGUUGAGGUGAUCGAACUUCACUAUGACCCUUCGGUAAUCAGCUAUUCGAAACUGCUCGAUAUCUUUUGGAAGAAUCACGAAUAUCUUGCCUCUGCCAGACUCAAGCGGGAAUACAUGAGUAUGAUAAUGUAUCAUUCCGAAGAUCAGCGGAAGCUAGCCGAGGAAAGUAAAAUCACACAACAGAAAAAGGAAGCAGACGAUCAAGUAGUUACAGAAAUUGUUCCUUCGUCGGAAUUCUACCCGGCUCAAGACCACAAUCAAAAAUACCGUUUGCAAGGUCAUGUCGAUUUGGCAAAAACCUUGAACCUGACGACGGACUUGCUGCAAACAUCCCACGUAGCAGCUCGCUUGAAUGGAUUUCUCGGCGGAGCCGGUUCUCUCGAACUGUUUGAGCUGGAAUCUCAGCACCUAAACCUAUCACCGGAGCAGAUUCAGUAUGUGAAAAACUUUCUCAUCGAGAAUCCUGACAUGGGAAUUUCCUGCUGAGCUGAUAAGUUUAUGAUAACUCUGCACCGAUGCACUUACCGAAAUAUAAAUAAUGACUUAUCAAA